GACUUCUUGUAAGAGGAAUCGGUUGGAUCUUCAGAGUUCACUCGAGAGGGAGAGAUGAUUCGUAUAUUUUCUUUCUUUUUUUUGGCGGGAAUUGCGGGACUGGAUAAACGCUAAAUGAUGAGGCGUAACGCCCUCUCCUGACCUAUUCGAAGGAGCGAACGCCCAAUGCUCUUAUCCUUAUUUGUUUCAACUCCAAUUCUGUAGUGUAUAAUAGUUUCAGAAAUCAAAGAGAGCGAAAUUUGAAGUUCAUCAAUUGAAGUCGAUCAAGAGUCGCGACUACGCAGAGCCUGAGAAGAGAAUGGGGAUUCAACCGGAGACGGAGGCAGUUUCAGCCGCGAGGAAUCGUUUGGUCUUUGCUUACUACAUCACCGGCCAUGGCUUCGGCCACGCCACUCGCGUUAUCGAGGUUGCUCGGCACCUAAUCCUUGCUGGCCACGAGGUACACGUGGUCUCUGCCGCUCCUGAGUUUGUUUUUACUUCCGCAAUUCAGUCCUCUAGUCUAUUCAUUCGGAAGGUGUUGUUGGACUGUGGGGCUGUCCAGGCAGAUGCGUUGACAGUGGAUCGCUUGGCAUCCUUAGAGAAGUAUCACGAGACUGCUGUGGUGCCUCGGGAUACCAUUUUGAAAACAGAAGCAGAGUGGCUUAAGUCUAUCAAAGCUGAUUUAGUGGUUUCUGAUGUUGUACCAGUUGCUUGCCGUGCUGCAGCUGAUGCUGGGAUUCGCUCUGUUUGUGUUACCAACUUCAGUUGGGAUUUCAUCUAUGCGGACUAUAUAAUGGAUGCUGGGCAUCACCACCGUUCAAUAGUCUGGCAGAUUGCAGAAGAUUAUUCACAUUGCCAGUUCCUGAUCCGCCUCCCAGGAUACAGCCCAAUGCCUGCUUUCCGUGAUGUUGUUGAUAUCCCUCUAGUUGUCAGGAGGCUGCACAGAACCCGCAAAGAGGUGAGGAAGGAGCUGGGGAUUGGAGAUGAUGUCAAGUUAGUUAUCCUCAAUUUUGGUGGCCAGCCUGCAGGCUGGAAGUUGAAAGAGGAUUGUCUACCCCCUGGUUGGCUGUGCCUGGUUUGUGGUGCUUCAGAUAGUGAAGAGGUUCCGCCAAAUUUCAUUAAGCUCGCAAAAGAUGCAUAUACACCAGAUCUGAUAGCUGCUUCUGACUGCAUGCUUGGAAAAAUUGGUUAUGGGACCGUUAGUGAAGCAUUGGCAUACAAAUUACCCUUUGCCUUUGUACGGAGAGAUUAUUUUAAUGAAGAACCAUUUUUAAGGAAUAUGCUUGAGUAUUAUCAAAGUGGAGUUGAGAUGAUAAGGAGGGAUUUACUAACUGGUCAUUGGAAGCCUUAUCUUGAACGUGCUAUUAGUUUGAAACCUUGCUAUGAGGGAGGCAUCAAUGGUGGUGAGGUUGCAGCCCAUAUUUUGCAAGAGACAGCUAGCGGGAAAAAAUAUACUUCGGACAAGUUAAGUGGGGCGAGAAGAUUGCAAGACGCCAUAGUUCUUGGAUAUCAACUCCAAAGGGUUCGUGGUAGAGACCUUUUCAUUCCAGACUGGUAUGCGAAUGCUGAGAAUGAACUUGGCCUUUCAAAAGGAUCACCAAUUUUGCAAGCGGAUGACAGAAGCUCACAAAUAGACUAUUCUAUUGAUGAUUUUGAGGUGCUUCAUGGAGAUGUUCAUGGUUUUCCCGACACAGUGAAUUUCUUAAAGAGCUUGGUAGAAUUAGAUACCUUGAAUGACAGUGGAAACAUUGAGAUACGGCGAGAACAGAAGGCUGCUGCUGGACUCUUUAAUUGGAAGGAAGAGAUUUUUGUAGCAAGAGCACCUGGAAGGUUGGAUGUCAUGGGAGGCAUCGCAGAUUACUCUGGAAGCCUUGUCUUGCAGAUGCCUAUAAGAGAAGCCUGUCACGUUGCGGUGCAAAGAAACCAUCCUAGUAAACAUAAGCUUUGGAAGCAUGCACAAGCUCGACAGGAUUCCGGAGUACAAGGACCUGUUCUUCAAAUAGUAUCAUAUGGUUCUGAAUUGAGCAAUCGUGCCCCAACCUUUGAUAUGAAUCUAUCUGAUUUCAUGGAUGGAGGGAAUCCAAUUUCGUAUGAGAAUGCAAGAAAAUACUUUGCCAAAGAUCCAGCACAAAAGUGGGCAGCGUAUGUUGCUGGGACAAUUUUGGUUUUAAUGACAGAGUUGGGUGUACGAUUUGAAGACAGUAUCAGUUUGCUGGUUUCCUCAGCAGUGCCGGAAGGAAAAGGUGUAUCUUCAUCUGCCUCCGUGGAAGUUGCCACAUUAUCUGCUGUAGCUGCAGCUCAUGGAUUGAGCAUCAGUCCAAGAGAUGUAGCUCUACUAUGCCAAAAGGUGGAGAACUGCAUUGUGGGAGCUCCAUGUGGCGUUAUGGACCAGAUGACUUCAGCAUGUGGAGAAGCCAACAAACUACUAGCAAUGGUGUGCCAGCCAGCUGAGGUUCUCGGACUUGUUGAAAUACCAAGCCAUAUUCGUUUUUGGGGCCUUGAUUCAGGAAUACGUCACAGUGUUGGCGGUGCAGACUAUGGUUCUGUAAGGAUAGGAGCAUUUAUGGGUAGAGAGAUCAUCAAGUCUACAGCAUCUUCUAUGUUACCAGUCUCAUCUUCAGUCGCUAAUGGUGUAAACAAUGAUGACUCGGAGGACGAUGGCGUUGAGUUACUUCAAGCCGAAUCUUCAUUGGAUUACUUGUGUAACCUACCACCUCACAGGUAUGAAGCUGUUUAUGCUAAGGUGCUUCCUGAAUCCAUUACUGGGGAGAGUUUUGUGGAGAAAUUUGUUGAUCACCACGAUCCAGUUACAGUGAUCGAUGAGAAGCGUAUUUAUGAAGUUAGAGCUUCUGCAAGACACCCUGUAUAUGAGAACUUCCGUGUCAAGGCCUUCAAAGCACUGCUUACUUCCGCAGCUUCUGAUGAGCAACUUACAUCUCUUGGAGAGUUGUUAUAUCAGUGCCAUUACAGUUACAGUGCGUGUGGACUGGGGGCAGAUGGGACAGAUAGGCUUGUGCAGUUGGUGCAGGAAGCCCAGCACUCAAAGUCGUCUAGAACUGAGGAUGGGACCUUAUAUGGAGCAAAGAUUACUGGUGGGGGCUGUGGCGGAACUGUUGGUGUUAUUGGCAAAAACACCUUACGCAGCAGCCAGCAGAUCAUUGAGAUUCAGCAGAGGUACAAAGCUGCAACGGGUUACUUGCCGUUUAUUUUCGAAGGUUCUUCUCCUGGCGCUGGAAGGUUUGGGCAUUUGAGAAUUAGAAGACGGAUGCCUCCACAUUAAAUUGAUCUGUUCCUAAUUAUGUCCAAAAUUGUCGCAUUGGCACAGUCAAAAAGUCAUGCUUUAUGUUUGAUUUUAUUAUCAUUGUUAAUAAAUUGUCUUUUUUUCUCUAUUCCUUGUGCUAAACUUUUGGAUGAAAUGCGCUAAGAAUACUAUAGCUCUAAUGAAUCUAAUUAAUUUUCUAGUU